UCCCUGCCGUGGAUGAGUACAUGUGAGACGCCACGCGGUUCCGCAUCCGUUUGUCGCGACAGUGCUUCAGGCAGCCCGUGAUACUUCGAGCCCCGCGAGCCCCACGCUUGAGGGCGAGAUGAACGCGCUGGCCUUUCGAGUCGUCCGAACCUGCGAUCGCUUCUGGCAGACCGAGCCGGCGCUCCUACCUCCAGGGUGACACUAACGCCCCUAGUCGCCUAGACAGAUGGCCCCAGGCCAAGUACCCCAUCACAACCUGCCCUGGAGGGAAGCCCACUCCUUCUACCUUCUGUCCCCACUGAUGGGCUUCCUCGGCAGGGCCUGGAGCCGCCUGAGGGGCCCAGGACCUCCACAGCCCUGGCUGUUAAAAGCAGUAAUAGGAGAAAAUCAGGUAGAAGGUGGCCUGGAGGGAGAAGUGAAGGCUUCUCUGGCCAUCUCCCAUAGGACCUGGGUCCAGCAUCCUCAAGGGGAGGCGGAAGACGGUGGAGUACCUGAAGAGGGUGGAAAAGCAGCCCUGGCACCCUGCCUUGACUUAAAGGCCAGUAAUUCCCCUUCUGAAGCUUGGGGACUUUCAGGAGAUGAAUAUAAUGAGGAAGAUGCAAACAGAGUCCCCAGAGAGCAAGGAAGGGAAUUUACAGAUGGCCAGUCCCUGUCCCCCAGCCUGCUGAUAAGAGCCCUGCAAGGUUCUGAUAAGAGUCCUGGGGAGGAGGAAACUGAAGAAGAGGGAGUUGUGGAGGGAGUGACCAAGGUCUCUUAUCCUCCAUCACACUUGGAACCAUAUCCAGUGCUGGAGGACAGAGAUGAAGAACCCAUCAAGAAAGGCGCUCCUGCUGCCUCUAUUUCCCCUGAGUCUUCAGGCUCCAAACUCAGCUCUUGUGGGUAUUGCCCAGGGGAGGAAGAGGAUCAAGCCACGGAGGAAAAAGGAACAGAAAACGAAGCCAGGAAGACAUCCAUUUCCCCCUCAUUGUCAGGCUGCAACUCCAGCGGUUGGGGAUAUUGUUCAGGCGAGAGGCCUGGGGAGAAGGGCAGAAAGGCCUUAGAAGCCCCUGGGAAAGGAGAAGCUGACCCAGAGCCAUGGUCCUCGGUUCCAGCAGAGAAGCAUCUUGGGGCUUGGGAGUAUCAACCCAGUAAGAACACAGAGGAAGAGGAGGAUGACAACAGUGCUUUAGGAACAGAGGGUCUUCCUUCUUUCUCUACAAGUGCCUCGGGGAGGGCCUGGGUGUGUAGGCCAGGGGAGGACACAGAGGACAAGGAGAAUAGUGAUUCAGGAUCAGCUGAGGAGGAAGGAGAAGCUGAGGCUUCCUUUUCCACCCCCCCUACAAGUGCCUUCUUGAAAGCCUGGGUGUAUCAUCCUGGGGAGGACACAGAGGAAGAUGAGGACAGUGACUGGGAGUCAACUGAGGAGGAGGAAGAAGCUGAGUCUUCGUCUCCCACCCCUCCUACAAGUGCACUUGUCAAGGCCUGGGUGUAUCGUCCUGGGGAGGACACCGAGGAGGAAGAUGAGUGUGAGCAGAAUGAGGACAGAGGAGAGGGCUCUGGAGCAGCUGCCUGGGGCCACUGCCCCUCCCUUCAGGCCCAGAGUGCCCACCUCAGGGGCUGGAUGUAUCUACCUGGAAAGGACACCGAGGAAGAGGAAGCUGAGGAGGAAUGGGAAGCUGAGACCAGCCCCUUCCGAGUGGCCAUCUACUUACCUGGAGAGAAGCCACCACCUCCCUGGACUGCUCCUAAGCUGCCCCUCAGACUACAAAGGCGACUCAGGUCAUCACGGACACCCACCCAGGAUCCAGACCCUGAAUCUCCCUCAAAAGCCAGAAAGGUGCGCUUCUCUGAGAAGGUCACGGUACAUUUCCUGACUGUCUGGGCAGGCCCUGCCCAGGCCGCCCGCCGGGGCCCCUGGGAGCAGCUUGCUCGGGAUCGGAGCCGUUUUGCCCGCCGCAUCGCCCAAGCACAGGAGGUGCUGGGUCCCUGCCUCACCCCUGCCUCCCGGGCAAGAGCCUGGGCACGCCUUGGGAAUGCACCCAGUUCUCUGGCCCCCAUACCUACCUCUACCCAGACCUUAUCUUCCCCCUUGAUCUCCUCAGAGGCUCCAGUCCAGGCCACGCCCUUGAGCCAUGCAAUGGCCACACCCCCUCACACCUCUUCUGAAGCCCCAGCUCUCUGCCUGAACCUCAGUGGGAGGCGUGGCUAAGACCAAAUGGUUGCUUGUUAUUUAUUAAUUUUAUUAAUUUUUUAAAAGUGUUGAUUUAUUUACGGAAUAAAGCUUUUUGAUUUGUAGCGAG